ACAACGGGCUGUGGUGAAAGCGAUACUGCAUUGGGUUAGUAACAGUUCGCACUGGAACUAUCAUCAUCUGUGUUUUCUUGUUUCCCGGGUUGUCAAAAAAAAAUCACCAAUAAAAUCACGUCUGUGAUGGUUUUGAGUUCGUCAACCACAAAUGACGUUGUAGUUCAGUUUGGUUCCCGAUCGUAAAGAUGAAAACAUCUUGUUCGUGACGCCUGGGUGCAUGUCACUGCAAAGCCUGUCCACUGAGCAACCGUUCACUUUGAAAAAAAAUAUCGUGCGUGUGUGCGUGUAUGAAGUGCCUUCAUUAGUAACUCUGGAAUCUUCAGGCGUGCAGCAAUGGAGAGUCUGUUCCAUGCUCAUCGCGUCGGCCUGGUGAAUUCCAUCAUGACCAACAUCUUGGUACUGCUGGCUGGUUUCGGCACGAGCGUUGUCCUGUCAUCUUCUGUCGGCAGGGGACAAGAGUUCAUCUUUGCUUUUCCCACAAACUUACAGCAGACGAUCUCCCCCGAUGAAACUGCAACUCUCUCCCUAAGCAUAACUUCGUUCAGCUCUGGUCCUACACACAUUAACGUCACUGUUGUAGGUCUCGGCUGGAGCAGAGAAGACACUUUGAACAGUCAGUACGAUUCACUGACUGUAGACCUGCCCCCGCAGGCAGAGGCCAGACGCUCAGCUCUUCAAAACACCACAGUGUUCGUAAGGGCGAGCCAAGACGUGACAGUGUUAGCGCUGUCGACAAAGGCAGGAUCUAGAGGUGGCUUUCUGGUGAGAUCCACCCAAAAUCUAGGGGUUGAUUAUUUUGUAGCAUCGUACACACCCACUGAGGGGGAGUCGUCUGAGUUUACUAUAUCAGCUACCCAGGAUAACACUGUGGUGCAGAUCCAGCUUAAGGCGCCCUUAAUGUUUGAUAACAUGCCGUACAGCAGAGGGGCGCUUGAGCUAUCUUUAGAUCGUCUGCAAACCGCCCAGUUCCAGGGCACACUGGAUCUAACCGGUUCCCGGGUAACUUCGAACCUGCCCAUUUCCGUUGUAUCCGGAUCGUCUGCGUCUAGCGUCCCGGCAGAAGCGGGUACCGCGGGUCACCUCGUGGAACAUCUCCCACCCGUCAGCACAUGGGGUCAUGUCUAUGCUCUCGCCCCUUUCAUUGGGCAGCCCUCGGGGUAUAAAUGUAAAGUGGUUGCAAGUUGCCCCACGAUUACCGUGGUACAAGGGUUUGGUGAGACUGUGCCUCUCUUCGCCGCAGGAGAGUCUCACGUCUGGGACGCCUCGGUAAGCUCUCCCGCCUUCAUAAUAGCUGACAAACCAAUUCUUGUCGUGCAAUACAGCAAGGGAAGACGGGAUGAUGUCGGUAGCAACACCGGUAUAGGUGACCCCUCUAUGACUGUGAUUCCGCCCGUCGAUCGCUUCGCUGCCGGGGGUGCGUUGCUCUCGACUCCCACUCUACCACUCGGGGCGAAUCAGCACUUGUCCAUCACGAUCAGGUGUAAUGAAACCGAUGGUCUUACUCUCAACGGAGAACCGCUGAUUCCUGAUCGCAAGUUUGGCUACCAACAAACUGAUACCUGUGUCGCACAAAAGAAACUCAUUACAACGACUAAUGUUAUUCGCGUUCAGCACUCCUCACCAACAGUCCCUCUCGCGGUGUCUGUUGCCGUCUACGGAGCCACACAAGGUGCCUACUCGGUCGCUGCUAAUCUCGGCAUGGAGUCGCCACUCUGCUCGACUGCCGACAUGGAUGAGUGUUGUACCCCCGUCAGCCUGUCGUCAGCAGACGACUCGAGUUCGAGUUACCAUAGUUCGAUCAGUAGUGACUACAGUAGUGUGGAUGGAGUUGAGUUCAUGUCAUCAGUGGAGAGUCCCGUCUCAAACACUCCAGCUACUCACAACUCUGAUCUGGGAGGCUCAAUAUUAUUGUCUGUUGUCGAAGCAAAUGAGACAACCACAGAGUCACAGAUGAUUUCAAGCAUGAACACAACUGCUACAAAUACUACAAAACAACAACAGUCGACAUCUACUCCUAUAGUUGCCACGACCCUGCCUGGAUCAAUCACGAAUGCAACCACGACAUUGGGAACCACAUACGUGGUUGUGUCGAACGCAACAAGCAGCGACAAAGCUCCCCCGACGACAGACUCUCCUCGCGGCAUGACCACAACUGUCAACGCCUCUUCGUUACCAACGAUCAGCGAGUCAUCUUCAGCUGGCAUGACCACAAGCACGACCCGUCAGUCGGUCAAACUAACCACGGGUGCCCCGUCAACCAGGUUAUCAACAGAGCACGCUGAUGUCACCGGGUUGGCUUCCACAACGUCCGAGACAACACCAACAAAGCAACCUACAACAACGAUUGCUCCGUGCAUGACGUGCCAGAGACCUUAUCGAAUCGUACUUUAUGGCGGGAUUUCCUUGGCUGUACUGUUCCUCAUCAUUAUAGUCAUCUGUCUUGUAAAAAUUAUAUUGAAACGAAGAGAGGCGAAGAGGAAGCUCCAUGAGAGAAACAGCCGUUGGGUGGCCUUUCCCGUCGGCAUCUCCGCUGAGGAACUCACACUAACCCGAACAAAGAUAAAGCCCGUCUAGAUAAGCCAUUAAUGACGUCAUGCUUACGUCAGAAUCUACACAACUAUCAUCUGACCCGAAACCAUAGUUCGUCCAGAACGCCGGGUUUAAAGAUGUAUAGUACGUUAUGAUACCACGCUUGGUUAAUCGUGUGUGAUAUAUUGAUGUCCGUUGCUCAAUGAGUGUGGAGAAUAGUGAGCUGGUUUUUGCAUUACCAAACAUUUCAGCGGCGUCAGUGUUUUUGUAAGUUUCAAGCCUUGAUGAUGAAUCCUCGAGUCAACGUAGGUUCGACCAUGACAGACAAACGGACAUUAUUUCUUACUAUGACAUUUCAGAGUAUACACCGUAUACACUGUAGGCCUAUGCUUAAACCCGUUAAGGGAAAUAUUAAACUUGAUUGUUCAGGGUGGAUUUAAGACUAGUCUUAUCUCGAGUUAGGACGAGUUACUUAUAGGACCAACCAUAUCUCUUUUUAGGACUAGUCUAAUUUCUUUGUGAAAUCGACCCAGGGUUCAUAUGGGUACCCAACUUCGUCUGAUGAUCAUUGAGGUACCAGACUAAACCUGACACACUAAACUCUUGUCACGAAAACUACAUGGAAUGGUGCCAUAUGAACAUAGUUCUCAAGGAUUUUAUAUUGCUUAUCAUCUGCAACAGACGUUUAACCUCCUUAGCAACAAUAAUUACUGUCCGUAGUAUCAAUUAGUGGAAAAACCAAAAUUGUUAUGCAAGUCGCCAGACACACAAGGCCUGAAGGCCACUUCAAGGUAGGUGUGGGCUGCAAUUAUAUUUUUCCCGGGGCCGUUACCAUCUACUCCCAGGACCGAAACAGGGUAUUACCCCCCCCCCCCCCUUAUAUUACACAGACAACGUGUGCGAAGUGCAUGGUUAGCCUUUGUUUCAAAUGUCAUUUAAGUUUGAUAUUAUGGCAGUAAUGGCUAGUUUCUUGUUUUGUUACUUCACUCUAAAAACUCCCGUGAAUCCGGGUCGGUCUCAGGCGGUCUGACCCAUUACUCUGUCAAGCUAACCCGGAAACUGGUCACGAAAGAGGAAGAUUCUGACUCAUUUUAUGGACUCUGAGUCUGUAUGACCCGUGUCUUUGUUAUUUUGACACCGUUUUCUGGUCAGUCUGACUCAGAAAGGGUCAGUCUGACUCAGAAAGGGUCAGUCUGACUCAGAAAGGGUCAGUCUGACUCAGAAAGGGUCAGUCUGACUCAGAAAGGGUCAGGCCGGACUGAGAGGUAUAAGGAGGGUUUAUUGCUGACCUGCUGCUCGGUUAAACUUUUCGUCCAUCAUGAUUAUUGAUACAAUUUCGCCUGUGCAACGAGUAAUCGCUGCAGUAGGAUGUUCCCAUGUUAUAUAUAACAUAUUCAUUUUCAUAUUUAAAUAGGGUGAAAUUCGACGACAUUGUACAUUUUUUAUUUUUUUACCUUGGAUUUAUUUGAACGGUGGUCAAACUUUGUAGCCUAAAUGUUUUCUUUCGUAUUUUCGUAUUUAGCAAAACUUUCAAAUGCAUGGCCCGAUCUUCGUCUUUAAAAAAUCUGCAAAAGGUUGUGUGCGAAUUGUUAAAAUUGAUGCUGUUUCCAAACUAAAAAUGUACAAAACGGAAAGCACAAACGUACGUUUCAGGAAAAAAAUGUUUGGUCGUGACUCCGAUUGAAUGAAUCUUGCGAGCGUCGAGAAUGUCUGGAUCCCGACAAUAAUUUCAACAAAAAAAAUUUGUGAACUAUCAUUGGCGGCUGUUGUUUUUUUUAUACCUUUUUAAUUAUUUUGUUCGUGCAAUAAUUUUAAUGAAAGCUUAUAAAUUACUCGAUCUAUACAUUAUUGCUAUUUUAAAUUUAAAUCUAAAUGUUUAGGGGGUCCAAUCGCAAAAAACGGACCAAAGAUCUGUAGGUGUGGGAUUGAUAGGUCUGAUAUAUUAUGAUAUAAUGUGGGGGUUUUGUUUUGUUUUUUAUUACUAGCUAGCCUUUCAAAAAUAUGUUCUGUUAAAUUUCAAGUUAUUUUGUUUUACUUGUUCGAUGGCGUUAAUUUUGCCUUUGACUAAACUUUACACAAACACUGCAAAAGUGUCAUUUUGUAUUUAACAAAAAUGAAUACUGUGUACUUGUCUACGAUGUAUCAGUACUGUACUCAUUGUUAACUGUCCAUAUUAAAGUCUAACGCAGCUUUAAAUAUUAAAGUAAAGUUCAAGUUAAACCACUGUGUGGGACAGACCUUAAA